UCAUUUUCAACAUUUUCAACAAAUCUCAGUCUAAGAGGAUUUGGAAAGGAGGCGGAAAUGACGUUGUUUAUUUUGAAAAUUCAUGGCGCUGAAUCAAAUCGGUUCUUUUAAAACGUUAUCUACGUACAUAUCCAUAUUAGUAGGUGUGAAAGCUUCAUUCAGACAUGAAGAGAGUUCAGCUGAAAGUCACAGCAAUUCCUGCACAGUCCAGUGUGACAUCCAGAGCAGCACAUAUCAAGAACGACACUGACAAUAAGAAGAACCAGCACAGGUCUCUGAAAGCGCCAACCACGAGAUAUGGGCAACAAAAUGACACGAGGGAGCAGAAUAGAGUCCUGACUGCAACAAAUGAAGACCUGCAGAGACAACUUGAAGAAUUGAAGGGAACUGUGACUGAACUGGAGCAGCAGUGCACAGACCUCCACGGAGAAAAUCGGGAAAUUCAAAAAAAGCUGCGAGACUGUCAUGUCCUCCUUGUUGCAGAAAAUCUUGACCCAGUUUCAGGGGAAAAGUUGGGCCAGACAGCACAACAGAAGGAAGAACAACGAAAAGAAGUUAUGACGGUUUCUCAAAAUCUCCUGACUGAGCUGAAACUGUUUGGUGAGACAGCACAAGAGCAUGCAGGAAAUUUACUGGAAGUGCAGAACCUCAUGAGGGACCUGACAGAAGCGCAUGAAAAGCUCCAGCAGGAGAGGGCAUUUUUCACACUGGAUGUGGACGAAAUGGAGAGAGCUUUGGGAGAGGCUGAGAGACUCUUGAUGGAGUAAAUGAAAGAAGCUCUUUCACUGGCCAUAAAUAUUGCAGUGCCACAUGUUGUCGUUCUGAGAUCUGUCAGUCUGAGAACGGCACAUUGGACGCAAGUGUAACAUACCUUUUUAAAAAAUACUAUUUUUUAUAAAUAUGAAGUGCUUUA